UAGAAAAUCAUCAGGAUGCCUGAACCCGCCAAGUCUGCGCCCAAGAAGGGCUCCAAGAAAGCCGUGACCAAGACGGCCGGCAAAGGAGGCAAGAAGAAGAGAAAGACCAGGAAGGAGAGCUAUGCCAUCUACGUGUACAAGGUGCUGAAGCAGGUCCACCCUGACACCGGCAUCUCGUCCAAGGCCAUGAGCAUCAUGAACUCGUUUGUCAACGACAUCUUUGAGCGCAUCGCCUCCGAGGCUUCUCGUCUGGCUCACUACAACAAACGCUCCACCAUCACCUCCAGGGAGAUCCAGACCGCCGUGCGGCUCCUGCUGCCCGGUGAGCUGGCCAAGCACGCCGUGUCUGAGGGCACCAAGGCUGUCACCAAGUACACCAGCUCCAAGUAAACAGUGCUGCUGUUUACCACCAACUCAACAAAGGCCCUUUUAAGGGCCACACAAAAGCUCUUUUUAAGUGCAGAAAACCUGCUCUGAUUAUUUUAAUUGAUUUGAAUAUUAUAUUUGGCAAUAAUUUGAUAUUCACUUUUUUGUGGGGAUAAAUAAAAUGUUUGCUUGAUGGACAUCUGA